AGGAAUGCGUAAUCUCUCUCUCCCUCCCCCCCUCUCUCUCUAAAAAUCACUCUUCCGUAGCUUACACUUCUCUGUAAGCUAUUUUCUCUCUCCUCCCGCCGGUAUGGUCGCCGGAAUCUGACGAUAUCACCGGGAAACAUCUCAAUUGAUAUCCGGCUUCGAUCGGGUCGUCGAAUUGUACGGCGAUCGGCUGAUCUUUACAUAUAUUUAUAUAUAAUAUUAUUAUUGAUCUUCGUUGAUGGAAGAUUGUUUGAGUGGCGACGAAGAUUAUUAUUAUUCUGAUCGAGAUUCUCUCGACGGACUUGAAAAUGAAGAGUCCGAUUUGCAGUGGAUCCCUCCCAAAGGUCCUUCAAGCAAGGUAAUCACUAGAGAGUCGCUUCUGGCUGCACAGAGGGAAGAUUUGCGUAGAAUAAUGGACUUGUUAUCGGUAGGAGAACAACAUGCUCGGACUCUUCUUAUUCAUUACCGUUGGGAUGUCGAAAGGUUGUUUGCGGUGCUUGUGGAGAAGGGGAAGGCUUGCUUGUUUGCUGAAGCAGGUGUGACUGUGGUUGACCAUCAUGAGCUUCACUCACCACUUUCUUCUGUAGUAAUGUGCAAUAUCUGCAUAGAUGAUGUACCUGGUAGUGAGGUGACAAGAAUGGCCUGUGGCCAUUACUUCUGCAACAGUUGUUGGACGGAGCAUUUUAUUGUGAAGAUAAAUGAGGGUCAAAGUAAGCGUAUUAGGUGCAUGGCACACAAAUGUUAUGCUAUUUGUGAUGAAGCUAUUGUUAGAAAUUUAGUUAGCAAAAGGCACCCUGAUCUAGCGGAGAAAUUUGAUCGUUUUCUUCUUGAGUCAUAUAUCGAGGACAAUAAAAUGGUUAAAUGGUGCCCAAGUGCUCCUCACUGCGGGAAUGCAAUACGUGUUGAGGAUGAUGAAUGUUGUGAGGUUGAAUGUUCAUGUGGCUUACAGUUCUGUUUCAAUUGCUUAUCUGAAGCACACUCUCCUUGUUCAUGUCUGAUGUGGGAUUUGUGGACGAAGAAGUGCCGCGAUGAAUCAGAAACAGUUAAUUGGAUCACGGUUCAUACAAAGCCUUGUCCAAAGUGUCACAAACCUGUGGAAAAGAAUGGUGGCUGCAACCUUGUGAGCUGCAUCUGUGGGCAAGCCUUUUGUUGGCUUUGCGGUGGGGCUACUGGCCGAGAUCAUACUUGGUCACAGAUCAGUGGUCACAGUUGUGGUCGCUAUAAAGAAGAUAGAGAGAAAAAGGCGGAGCGUGCAAAGCGUGACCUUUAUCGAUACAUGCAUUAUCAUAAUUUUUACAAAGCUCAUACUGAUUCUUUCAAGCUUGAAUCUAACCUGAAGGAGACCAUACGAGAGAAGGUAUUGAAUUCGGAAAAGAAGGAUUCAAGACUUAGAGAUUUCAGCUGGGUUACAAAUGGACUUUACAGGCUCUUCAGAUCAAGACGGGUUCUAUCAUAUUCUUACCCAUUUGCAUUCUAUAUGUUUGGUGAUGACUUGUUUAAUGAUGAAAUGACAAAUGAGGACAGGGAAAUAAAAAAAAAUUUAUUUGAGGAUCAGCAGCAACAGCUCGAGGCAAAUGUUGAGAAGCUAUCAAAGUUUAUAGAAGAGCCAUUUGAUCAGUAUACGGAAGACAAAGUUAUGGAGAUACGGAUGCAAGUCAUCAAUCUCUGUGGGAUCACUGAUACCCUGUGCAAGAAAAUGUAUGAAUGCAUUGAGAAUGACUUAUUGGGUUCUCUCCAAUUUGGUAUCCACAACAUAGCUCCAUACCAGUCGAAAGGCAUAGAGAGGGCAGCCGAACUUUCUGUCUGUUUGGGUGCUAAAGUUAACAACACUGAGAAAUAUCCAAACCUAGAGUAUACAAAUGGUACAACAGAAUCUAAUCAACCUUCAGGCCCUGGGAGUUCGGAUGAAAGUGGAUGCUCAUCACGUAAACGUGCUAGAAAGGGAACUCUUUGUGAUGGCAUGUUUGAUCUCAACUUGCCUCCUGAGGUCAUUGAUAGAAAUUGAUCUUAGAAUUGCCAUUCAUUUUAUAUACAAGUGUACAGCUCAGCUCUAACUUAUGAGCACUCUUUUUUAAAUGAUUAUUGGUGGAUUAAGUACCCGGAUGUUUUGCUUUUUAUUUUUCAAUUUUCCAAUUUCGUAGCUCCCCCGUCUUUUUGAGAUGACAUGGAAGAGAAAUUAGGGCGGACUUAUUUUUAAAUCUUCCCCUUUUGUUUUUGGAAAUCCUUAUAUUGUAAAUAUUCUUUCAUUAGGUUCCUAUGCAUCAUAAAUCUUUGUAUCCUCUACUCGAGAUACAAAGGAUGCUAAUCAUUGGGAGGAUGGCAUGAUAGGAUAAAUAUGGGGAUAUUUAACUGACUUCGGUUUAUUAAUGCUGUAAAGCUUCUGUUGGGUUAUCUUUAUUUCUCAUUUGUAUUUGUUUUUAAUUUUUAUUCAGCUCUAGUUAUGGAUGAAUAGUGAAUACCGACUGUUUCAAUGAACAUAAAUCGUUGUAUUUUCUACUUGGAGACGA